GGCGCCGGGCCGCCAGACGCCCCGGCGGUGGCGGGCGCGGGGGGCGCGCGCAGUGAGAGGCGCGUCGCGCACGCCCACGCACCGCGGCCAUGGACGCCACCGACCGGCGCCACGACGACCAGCACCGCGAGGAGGACGACGAGGCGGACGACGACGACGACGAUGAAGAGGAAGACGAGGAUGACUACGACUUUGACGGCGGCGGCAGCGGCGGAGAUGCGGUGGACGAUGCGCCCAACGGGGUGGCCACCCACGACGACGGAAGCGGGUACGGGCGCCCCGCCGGCCCCGGCAGGGUGAAGCGGUCCUGCUGGCCGCCCCCUCGACUGUCGCAGCCCCAGCAGCCCCGCGGCCCCGUGUGGGCGCCGCUGCUGAGGGUGCAGGUGCAGCCCGGGCCCUCCGGGCCGUCCAGAGUGCAGCCGCCGCCCCCGCAGCGCCCCGCCCCGCCACCGGCGCCACCCCGCCCCCGCCCCCGAGCUGCGGGGCCCCCAGGCCCGGGGCCCCCAGGCCCUGCCGGGCUCGUGGGGCGGCCAGCGGGGCUGAACCCCGUGUACGGCAACCGCAUGAAGCUGUACUGCCGCACAGGCUUCCACCUGAGCAUCGGGCCCAAGGGCAGGGUCACGGGCACCACCAACCCCACCGACAAGUACGCUGUGCUCGAGUUCAGCUCGGUGACGAACGGCGAAGUACGGAUCCGCGGGGUGGAGGCGAACCUUUUCCUGGCCAUGAAUAGACAGGGGAAGUUGUACGGACAGGCGAACGUACGCCAGGAAGGCACUGUCUUUGUGGAGGUGAUGCUAGGCCAGUACAACACAUACCUGUCCCGCAAGUUCGCCCACGUUGGCUGGUACGUCGGCCUCAAGAAGAACGGCAGACAAAAGGCAGGACAGAAAACUGCUUGGGGGCAGAAGGCCAUCCAGUUCCUACCGAUUCGUGUGUGAACAUGGACAAGUACUGUCUUGAAAAUCCCAAAGUUAGAGCAACCAGACUUAACUGAGAACAAGACUGAAAGACAAGCUUAAGCUCCAAAUUUUAGUGAAGUGCUGGGCUGUCUCCAGUCAGGGAAGUUUCAUCAAAUGAUGGACCAACAGCUUGCUUCUUUUUGCAGCUGUGCGAUUCAGGAGAUCGUUCAAGAGAGGCUCUCCUAUACCUCGUCUAUAGCUCCGUCCUUGUCGCACUCAUAGGGCAGGUAUAGGAGAGCCCCUUUUGAACAAUCUCCUGAAUCGCACGGCAGACACAAAACUAUGACACAGAGGUGAGAUGUCAUUUGCUGCAAGCGCAACACCUCAGCAUCAC